CUUCACUUGCUAGCAUUUCUCUCUAUACAUCUCUCUGUUAGGGUUUUGUUUCUCUUUCCGAUAUUCAAAUGGCGCUUAGAGGAGUUUGGCAGCUUAAGAAGCUCGUUGUGAGUUACUGUAAUUGGGGUGGUAGCAGUAGAGGCAUCAGAGCCUUUAUGGAAUCAGAAUUGCCUGCACUAAAAGAGAAAAAUCCGCAGCUCGAAGUGGUUACCGAGCUUUCACGGGGACAACAUCCUUAUCUGAAGGGCAUUUACAGGAAUAGAAAUGAAAGAGUGGUGUGUGUGAAGAACAUGGAUCCUGAAGAAGUACUUCUGAAUGCAACAAGGCUGAGGAACUCUCUUGGAAGGAAAGUGGUGAAACUGAGGACCAGACAUGUCACCAAACACCCUAGCGUCCAAGGCACCUGGACAACCGCUGUCAAAUUCUGAGAUUUUCCUACUGCAUAUUUUGCAGGCUUUCUUCUUCUAGCAGUCGAAUCUAGUGUUGCAACCAUCAGGAUUGAUUGUUUAUCUAUAUUUGCAAUCCCAAGUUGUCUGUACCGUUUUCUGACCUGGACAAAGAUUCAGUCUUCAAAUGUUUUGCAGUUUAUGCAAUGUUUGAAUUUUGUCUUGUCCUUCUGGUUUAGUCUAUAAUAAGAUUACACAGGGGUUUAUGGUA